CGACACUUGUCGCCUAUGGGCCAUGCUUCGCAGGGUGUUGCAGCUCACCUCGAGCCGGGCCUGUUUGAGCCGGGGGCUGAGCACACGCAGAGGAGACUCUACUCGGGUUUGCCACCAGAAUAAUAAGAGCCCGCCAGAUCCAUGAUGGCACAGUAGAGUUUUCAGACCUGCUGGUGUGCAGGAUCCUGCGCUUAGUGCUGUGGCCCUAAAGCAGGGGAAGAAGAGAAAGAGAGGAUGCAACAUGCCCUGGAGGUGCCUGAAGUGUAGCUGGAGAGGGAAGACUUAAAAGAGCUGGCUAUCUCUGACUGCAACUGUGCUCCACAGACUGGGAUGGAAAGAUGUCGGAGAUUAAGAAGAAGAUCCAGUCCGUCCUUCCCGGAGGGGCCUGGGACCCCAUAUAUGACACCAGCCACCUGCCCCCUGAACACUCGGAUGUCGUGAUUGUGGGGGGUGGGGUGAUUGGCCUGUCCGUGGCCUAUUGGCUGAAGAAGCUGGAGAAGCAGCGUGGUGCCGUUCAGGUGCUCGUGGUGGAGCGGGACCCCACGUACUCCCGGGCCUCCACUGGGCUCUCUGCCGGUGGCAUUCGCCAACAGUUCUCCUUGCCGGAAAACAUCCAGCUCUCCCUCUUCUCCGUCGACUUCCUCCGGAACAUCAAUGAGCACCUGGCCGUGGUCGAUGGCCCCCCGCUGGACCUCCACUUCAACCCUUUAGGUUACCUACUGCUGGCCUCCGAGAAGAAAGCUGCACUCAUGGAGAGGAAUGUGAGAGUGCAGAGGCAGGAAGGAGCCAAGAUUUGCCUGAUGUCUCCUGAGCAGCUGCAGGCCAAGUUCCCCUGGAUAAACACACAAGGGGUGGCGUUGGCGUCCUACGGCUUGGAGGGCGAAGGCUGGUUUGACCCCUGGUGUCUGCUCCAGGGUCUCCGGCGAAAGGUGCAGUCAAUGGGCGUCCGCUUCUACCAGGGAGAGGUGACCCGUUUCCUGUCCUCCCAUGACUGCAUGCAGACGGUGGACGGGGAUGAGGUGACCUUGAAGCGGAUCUAUCAGGUGCACGUGAAGAUGGACCGCAGUCUGGAGUACCAACCCGUGGAAUGUGCCAUCGUGGUCAAUGCGGCCGGGGCAUGGUCAGGCCAUGUGGCAGAUCUCGCUGGCAUCGGGCAGGGACCACCUGGGACCCUAGAGGGCACCAGGCUGCCCGUGGAGCCGAGGAAAAGGUACAUGUACUUCUGGCACUGCCCCCAGGGACCUGGCCUGGAGGCCCCCUUUGUUGCAGACACCAGCGGGGCCUAUUUCCGCCGGGAAGGACUUGGCCACAACUACGUGGGUGGCCGGAGCCCCUUGGAGGAGGAGGAACCUGACCCGGGAAACCUGGAUGUGGACCAUGAUUUCUUCCAGGAGAAGGUGUGGCCUCCCCUGGCCCAGAGAGUGCCCGCGUUUGAGUCUCUAAAGGUGCGGAGUUCCUGGGCAGGCUACUACGACUACAACACCUUCGACCAGAACGGCGUGGUGGGCCCCCACCCGCUCGUCACCAACAUGUACUUUGCCACGGGUUUCAGCGGCCACGGGCUCCAGCAGGCCCCAGCCGUGGGGCGCGCAGUGGCCGAGAUGGUGCUGGAGGGCCACUUCCAGACCAUCGACCUGAGUGCCUUCCUCUUCAGCCGCUUCUUCCUGGGAGAGAAGGUGCUAGAACACAACAUCAUCUGAGCCGGUGCUGCUUCCUCUCUGGUCAAGGUGGGAGGUGGACUCGUCCCCCCGAAACUGCCUGUGGCCCCAGCCAACCCCGAUACAGGAGCGGACCCAGAGUCCAGCUGCCGCCACCUCUGGGAGACCCCUCAGAGCACCUACUGGUCUCGGGCUACAGUCCAGCUCUGCUUCCUGGUGCCCUCCCGGCAGAGCUCAGACACAGAGGGACAGCCUGGCCUCACCCGAGCCCCUGCCCACUCCUGUGAUCUUUCCAGCAAUAAAUGUACUGUCCGGGGCUGGGAGCAAUAGCACAGCGGGUAGGGCAUUUGCCUUGCAUGCGGCUGACCCAGGUUCAGUGCCCAGCAUCCCAUAUGGUCCCCUGAGCACUACCAGGAGUAAUUCCUGAGUGUAAAGCCAGGAGUAACCCCUGAGCAUCGCUGGGUGUGACCCAAAAAGAAAAAUGAAUAAAAAAAUAAAAAUAA